AUGUCGCUUUUUGGCGGCCAGUCGUCGGCCCCGAGCCUCUUCUCCAACACGGCAAAGACCAGCCCCUUCGGCGCUACAGGAGCAGCAACGGGGACAGGAACACAGCAGAACACGGGCGGUGGACUUUUCGGCACACCACAGCCUCAACAAGGUGCAUUCGGUACGCAGCAGCAGCAAAAGCCGCUCUUCGGACAGACGCUACAGCCGCCGGUGCCGCCAUCGCAACAGCAGCCGCAAGCGGGGACUGGUUUGUUUGGGGGAGCGUUGGGAGGAGGGCAACAGCAGCAGCAGAAGCCGAGUUUGUUUGGCGGGCUGGGUGGACAGCAACAACAACAGCCUCAGCAGCAGCAGAGUGUCUUCGGAGGCGGGCUAGGUCAGACACAGCAGCAGCAGCAACAACAACAACCUCAACAGCAGAGCCUCUUUGGCGGGUCGAUACUCGGUGGUGGGCAACAGCAGGGCCAGCAGCAGCAGUCGCAGCUGGGUCAGUCGCAACUCCCCAUUGCGGGUUUAUGGUCGCCGGGGCGCGCGGUGACAGGCGUGCAUCGCACUGUCCCCAUGCAGAUGCUCAUUGUGAAGGAGAAAUGGGAUCACACGAAUCGCACAUCGCCAUUCCGGGCGUACCUCUAUAACCAUGUAGGCGAGGACGCGGCGCCGUUCUACCAACCGGGCCCGGAAGACGACGAGACGAAGUGGGAGGAGGCGCUGCGGAAACGGCCCGACGCAGGCUACGUCCCUGUUCUGGUACAUGGGUUCUGGCAACUCGGCAAGCGGGCGCAGCGGCAGAGGGAUUUCUUCACGAUGAUGCAGACGCGCCUGCACGAAAUCAACAAUUGUCUCACCGACCUGCUCUCGCGACACGACCUGAAGAUCUCCGUUAAGAUUGCCGACUGCCGCCGGAAACACAUUGUUCUCAGCAAGCGGUGUCUCGCGCUCGCUGCCAAGACUCAGGUCCUCCGGAAUCGAGGCUACGCAUUGGAUGAUGCGGAGGAGGAGUUGAAGAAGAAGCUUGCGCAGUUGGAGCGAUCUGUGUUUGACCCGUCGCUUAACGGCCGUGGUGAGGAGAUCUGGGCGCGUAUGCUGGCUAUCCGAGAACACUCGAAGCGAUUGCAGGCGGAGCUUGAACGUGCUGGAUCGGCCGCCGGCGCGCAGUCGGAGGACGAGUUGGAUGAGAACACAAUCAAGAUCGCUAAGAAGAUUUUGGACGACUAUCAUGCUCAAAUCCAACAUCUCCAAAAGGAGCUCGCAGUGGUCAAAAAGGACUUCGAAGAGGCAGAGAAGUCACUCAAUUAG